GUAAAUAUUCAGUUUGUCAGUGGAGAGGUGGUGUCCUGUUAUUUUCUUACUUCCUCCCCUAUGUUUCUGCUUAUUUGUGGGUACCCUUGUUUAAUGCUAUAUUUCAACUCAGUCUCUGUGUUUUGUUCCUCCGCCUCUCAGUAAAAACCACAGCCUUGGGUGCUGUCCUUCCUUAUUUAUGAAACUCUCCACACCCUCCUCUAUGCUUCCUGUGUCUUGCAGGUAACUCAUGAAAACUCUGCAGCUUUGCAAUGCUGCUGUGUGAGAAAGGACCACACCACCCUCAACCAUUCGAAUGUUAACUUACCAGGCUAUACUUACCCUGAGAAGCGAAGCAGCUGGCGGGUAAGUCACAUGGAUGCUAUUCAUAUUAUUCUCAGUUUUACAACAGAGGAAGAUAACAGACUGCCUGUAGCAGUAUCAAAACAUGUAAUAUUAAAGUUUGGCCUAUUUUGGUAAAAGAAAUUAUGGUGGUCACUUACAGCCAUAUAUUUCUAAAUUCUGUUAUUUUCAAACAAUGUGUCACAGAGGCCUAUUCAUAAACAGCAAUCAAUUAGACAACUUUUUAUUUUAUUUAUUUUUUAAUGGAUUUUUAUUUACAAAUGCAAAAUCUUAGAUGUUACAGUAGUAAGUACACAUGUACAUACACAUACUGUACAUAUCCUUAAAAUAAUUAAAGCGAAUAGUGUGAAUUCUUACAGAAAAGCAUUUUGUUUAUUCGCCAUACUGCCCAUACUUUACAAAACAUAGAUAUUUAUUUUAUCUGUGCUUUAGUGAUUUUGUUCACCUUUUUCAGAGAAAUGUGGGAUGCAUUGCGGUUGUAUUUUUUGUAAUUAGGGCAUUUGUCUAGGUUGGCAUAUUAUUAUUAAAUAUUCAUCAUAGUUAUAGGGUUUUGGAAAGGUUGCGAGAGGUUUUCACUCAGAGUGUGUUAAUUUAUUAUACCACAACAAUCAUCUGCCUAGCUACCAGCUCAACAAAACUUGCUACCCUACUAACACAUGGCACUAAAUGUCCCCUCCUGUCUCACCUAACACAGUAGGGAAACAAAUUAAUAUUAUAGCAAUCAAGUGGAUCAUUCCACAUUUCAUUGAUGAUUUCUUUCCCUACUGCAUGCAUUUUUAAAAAUGUUUUAUACCACAGCCAUCAUUAUGUGUUCCUUUUUCACAGUUAUGAGUUAUCAUGUAUUUUAACAUAAUUCCCAGUGAUGUACAUUUAGGAGACGUUGUGGGUCUUUUCACCCCCACCAACUUUUUUAAUCUUUCUUGACUCAGCAUUGUCCCAUCUAUAUCCUUAUUCCUUCCACAUCUUCUUAUCUCUCUCCCCCCAUUUGUCACCUUCAACAGCUCUCCCAAAACUUUCUACCGCCUAAUUAACCUUACCUCUCCUCCCAUUUCAUCUCCAUUUUCUUCAAUAAUAUCAUUGGCGGGUACAAGGCUAAGCAGCAAUAUACACACAUCUUAACAUAUCUGAUAACCUGAGCUUGGGCUUAAUCACAUAAAGUCACCCAAGAAAGUCCAUGGCUGCACAAUACUACACUAUUGAUGUAAUUUAAGUUUUAAGUAUGUAAAAAUCAAAGAGACAAUUGUUUAUAAAUGGGUUUAAUGAUUGUAUGUAUUAUUUUUAAUUAUUAGUCUGCUGGAAAGCAAUCUGUUACAGAUAUGACUUGGUUAUGAUGCAACUGAAGUUGAUAUGCAAGAGACUUCACCAUACAGGAAGUGUAUCUGAAAGUCUCACCUCAAGUUUAACAUUUCACUAUGCUGGACAUCUGUAUUGAAGAACAACACAAUCUUUACUAUAUAUACAGUAAACUACUACAGUCAAAUUAUAUGUAUAUUAAAAUACAACCAUAUGGAAGCCCAAAAAGUCCAUAAAUGUUUAAUAUUUUUCUGCCUUGUAAUCUCAAGAAAAUAAUUUAUUGGGGGGAAAAAAAUGUUAAUUUUUUUAGAGAUAAGUCAUAAGAAUGUAAAAAAAUAUAUGACCUCUCUGGACUUCCUUAUAAUCAAAAUUUACUUUGCAGCAAAUUUCCUGUACACAUAAAGAUUAGGACCUAAUCAAUGCAUUGUGAGAGCUGCAGUUCUAUAACAACCAGGGACUGACCAUUUGGUCAUCUUUUGUUUAUAGUAAUAGUCAUAUAUCAAUGUAUGUUGUUUUUGUUGGUUUGCAAUUUGUGUGUUCUUACAUGUGUAAGGAAAUGGUACAGAUAUAUUUGAAGUUUAGAUAGUAGCAAAUACAAUAUACACCUGAAAACGUUUGACUGCUUUAAAAAUAAAUGCAUUGCAUGCUACCUGCAAAUUGAUAGAGCCCUAGUUUACUGACCUAUAUUUAUCUCACAGGUAGCAUGUCUUCUUCAUGGACCACGCUCCUGCUCCUCCACCUGUUUAUCUUCCAUACAUUUUGUUAUAAGCUUCCAAUCUCAGGCAAGGAACAUUUGGUUGCCCUAAAUGAUGAAAUCUUAGACAACCAAAAGCAGUCUUUUCUUGGUAAGGCCGAGCUACUACGCAAUCCAGAAUGGGACACUGCAAAAAAUUUAGAGGAAUUAUUAUCUAGUUUAGUCCGUUCUAAAAGGGAUGCUCUUGAAAUUGACAGCAGUUUACCAGCUCCAAAUACACUCAAUGCAACGAGUGAAGAAUUAACUUCAGAUGCACAAGAAAGCCAAACACCGAUUAUCAUAGAAACAUCAUCAUCACACAGUAGUCCUGCAAGCAUGAAUCUCAUGUCUGAGAGUGACACCACUGCUGUAUAUGAAAGUAAACCACAGUUUUCAUCUACCACUGAAGACAAUCAGCAUAUAUCUGAAGUUCACACAACUCCUUUGUCUCAAACAAAUCAGACAGAUUCACUGAGGUCACCUACAGAAACGUCCACACUUGUUCCAGAUCUUCUCUUAACCCUCGGAGAUUCUGCAUCUUCAGAGGCAUCUGAUGGUACAACAGCAAUCUUUGAAGAAAUUACCACAUUUGACAAGGUCCUAUCAACUACUCUCCACUACACUGAAAGCAAGGAAAGUGGCAAAGGAAUGGUGGACAAUAAAACUUUUAAUUCUGCUUCCACAACCUCAAGUGAGAGCCUGUUAGAAGAUAAUGCAACCUCACAGAAUUCAUCAAACACAUAUGACGGCACCACUAAAAGGAUGACCGACUCUACCAGUUCAUUCAAGAUGACUACAAUGGCGGAAUCUGCAGAGCAAGGACCUCCUGUCCAUUCCAUUAUGAAACAGUGUAUGUUGAUUAUCCUGAUCCUGGCUGUUGUCUGUACUGUUUUUAUCAUCUGUACCAUUGCACUGGCUGCCAAACUUUCCACCUUGAAGAGCAGGUACAAGCAAAAACAAGCAGCCAGCUAUGCAGAAAUGAUGUGCAUUUCAACACUUCCGCCAGAAAACAGCCAAAACAAUAAUGUUCAUCUUAAAAAAAUGAAGACUUUUACUACCAAUGGGGAGGACAGUGAUGGUGACGACGACACCACUCUUAAUAGCUUUCUUCCUGAGCACUAGUACAAAAAUACUGCACAAUUAAUUGUAUCCAAACCCGCAACAAGGCAUUUUGUUAUUGCCAGUGCAGGGAACAAGGACUUGGUUUAGUAUUGAAACAGUGUAUUAGUUAAUAAAGUAAUACAUUUUGAUUACUGGGAGUACACUCUUUGAGACAUACAAGCUUAUAGAUAAAUCAGAACAGGAACUAAGUAUAAAUAAAAACAUGUUACAUACUAUAGUGAUAUAAUGAAGGUGGUUAAAUUUAUUUUGGAACAAAUGAGGUGGAAAGGAUAUUUUGUUAUUUUGUUACUGGCUAAUUAUGGCAAGUGCGGAAGCUCUCAAUUUCCCUAAGUACCAUAUAUAGGGAUCGACCGAUAUUGAUUUUUUUAGAGCCGAUACCAAUACCGAUAAUCUAUGAACUUUCAGGUCGAUAUUCUGUACAUUUACCAUUUUGAAAAAAUUAACUAUUUAGGUGAAUGCACAAAAUAUACAUGCCACAUGUAGUAGAUGCAGUGUGUUUAGACAGGGGAGCUAUGUGUGUUUGUCUGGUGGAUGCAGUGUGUAUUUGUGUAGUGUGUGUAUAUAAUGGAUGCAGUGUGUAUUUGUGUAGUGUGUGCAUAUAAUGGAUGCAGUGUGUAUUUGUGUAGUGUGUGCAUAUAAUGGAUGCAGUGUGUAUUUGUGUAGUGUGUGUAUAUAAUGGAUGCAGUGUGUAUUUGUGUAGUGUGUGUAUAUAAUGGAUUCAGUGUGUAUUUGUGUAGUGUGUAUAUAUAAUGGAUGCAGGAUGUAUUUGUGUAGUGUGUGUAUAUAAUGGAUGCAGUGUGUAUUUGUGUAGUGUGUGUAUAUAAUGGAUGCAGUGUGUAUUUGUGUAGUGUGUAUAUAUAAUGGAUGCAGUGUGUAUUUGUGUAGUGUGUUCAUAUAAUGAAUGCAGGAUGUAUUUGUGUAGUGUGUGUGUAUAUAUAGUGAUUGCAGUGAGUGUUUGUGUAGUGUGUAUAUAUAGUGAAUGCAGAGUGUGUGUGUGUUUGUGUAGUGUGUAUAUAUAGUGAAUGCAGAGUGUGUGUGUUUGUGUAGUGUGCGUAAAGUGAAUGCAGUGUGUGUGUAGUGUGCGUAAAUUGAAUGCAGUGUGUAGUGUGUGUAUAUAAUGAAUGCAGUGUGUUUGUGUAGUGUGUGUAUAUAAUGAAUGCAGUGUGUGUUUUGUGUAGUGUGUGUAUAUAAUGAAUGCAGAGUGUGUGUGUUUGUGUAGUGUGUGUAUAUAAUAGAUGCAGUAUGUAUUUGUGUAGUGUGUGUAUAUAAUGAAUGCAGGGUGUAUUUGUGUAGUGUGUGUAUAUAUAGUGAAUGCAGUGAGUGUUUGUGUAGUGUGUAUAUAUAGUGAAUGCAGAGUGUGUGUGUUUGUGUAGUGUGCGUAAAGUGAAUGCAGUGUGUGUAGUGUGCAUAAAUUGAAUGCAGUGUGUAGUGUGUGUAUAUAAUGAAUGCAGUGUGUUUGUGUAGUGUGCGUAUAUAAUUAGUGCAGUGUGUGUUUUGUGUAUAUAAUGAAUGCAGAGUGUGUGUGUUUGUGUAGUGUGUGUGUAUAUAAUGAAUGCAGUGUGUGUGUGUUUGUGUAGUGUGUGUAUAUGAUGAAUGCAGUAUGUAUUUGUGUAGUGUGUGUAUAUAAUGGAUGCAGUGUGUAUUUGUGUAGUGUGUGUAUAUAAUGAAUGCAGGGUGUAUUUGUGUAGUUUGUGUGUGUAUAUAUAGUGAAUGCAGUGAGUGUUUGUGUAGUGUGUAUAUAUAGUGAAUGCAGAGUGUGUGUGUUUGUGUAGUGUGCGUAAAGUGAAUACAGUGUGUGUGUAGUGUGCGUAAAUCGAAUGCAGUGUGUAGUGUGUGUAUAUAAUGAAUGCAGUGUGUGUUUUGUGUAGUGUGUGUAUAUAAUGAAUGCAGAGUGUGUGUGUUUGUGUAGUGUGUGUAUAUAAUGAAUGCAGUGUGUGUGUGUGUUUGUGUAGUGUGUGUAUAUGAUGACUGCAGUGUGUGUGUGUGUUUGUGUAGUGUGUGUGUAUAUAAUGCAGUGUGUGUGUUUCUGAAGGGAUGUAAUUUGUGUAAAAUGGAAGGGGGGUGUAUUUUUGUUUUUAAUAUUUAUAUGUUUUUUUUCUGUCCCUCACCCUGCUUGUUACUAUGGCAUUCCCUGGUGGUCCCCCUCCCUGUUUGUUACUAUGGCAUUCCCUGGUGGUCCCCCUCCCUGCUUGGUGCUAUGGCAUUCCCUGGCAGUCCUCCUCCCUGCUUGUUACUAUGUCAUUCCCUGGUGGUCCCCCUCCCUGCUUGUUACUAUGGCAUUCCCUGGUGGUCCCCCUCCCUGCUUGUUACUAUGGCAUUCCCUGGUGGUCUAGUGGUAUGUACUGAGCAGCAGAGGGGGCCCGCAGAAGCUGUUACUUACCUUCCCAGCAACUCCCUUCAUCUCUUUGUGUAAAUCUCACGGUCUGCGUGCCAUGCGGAGGGUUGCCAUGGUAACCCAUGGCAACGCAUUGCGGCUGCGGUACUCGCGAGAUUUAGAAAGGAGCUGAAGGGAGCUGCUGGGAAGCUAAGUAACAGCUUCUGCGGGCCCCCUCCGGGACCAACCGUCGAGGUCCUCAUAUGUAUUAUCGGCAAUAUCGGUAUCUCUGCUGAAAAUACCGAAUAUCGGCCGAUAAUAUCGGUAAAACCGAUUAUCGGUCGAUCCCUACGAUAUUGUAACAAAAACAGAAAAUUUGAACCUAGUGAUCUGAGUUUUUAAUUGUUUUUUUCUAUCCAUGGAGGACAUGCAGCAAAACAUGUCCACCGACUGCCACAGUUGAGAAAAGUGCUGAAUCUACCAUAUUUAAGCUAGAUUGCUACAGACAGUUUUCCACUGCAAACAUGCAACUCAAUAGUUCUUCCAUCAUUAUGUCAUAAAUCACUAUAUCAACAAAGAUGCACAAUUUGCAUUGAAGUUGACAUGAUGCAAACAUUGUUUUGCUCACUUUUAUUGGAGUAGGAGCCUAGUAUACUUAAUCCCUUACGGACACAACUUUUGGAAUAAAAGGGAAUCAUGACGAAGUAUUUCCAUCAUGUGUAGUUAAGGGGUUAAAUCACCCUGUAGUUAAGGACCCAAGUGGCAUAGUGAAUAAAACAAUACAAAUCAUAGUGAUACAGAUUAUUUAAUAUAGGUAGGUUACUUUGAAGAAGGGGUUGGCAGGUGAUAUUAACUUCUUUCAUUUGUUGCAAAUGUGCCUAAAAUUUUGUGCUACCAACUGUAUUUUUAAAACUACUUUGAAUGUAUUUCAAUCUGUUAUGUAUUUUUCUUAUUUUAAGUGAUAUUAAAACAAUUAUACAUUCUCACAAAAUACAUCCUUAGAUUUUUGUCAAAAUUAAAAAAUUGGAAAGUUUGUAUUUUUAAAAAAAUCAGUUAACAUGCAAUCCAAAAAUGUUAGUCAAUAGGUUUGGUUCUCUUAAACAUAAAUUCAUGUAAGUCGAGAAGGCUAUUUACUGAAGAAGAAGGAAAAAAAGAAAAAGAAAUUAACAUAUGUCUGCAUUCAGUUUUAGCCUAUUAUUUUACUUUUGCUACAAACCUAAAUAUGUGAUUGGCUGGAUUUAUUGUGCAGUAAAGAAUGCCCAUCAAUCUUCAGGAUUAUUAGACAUCCAUACAUUCCAUGGUUUGUAAACGUUCUGCAAUGUACUACGACAAUAGUAAUAUAAACUGCACAUUUAAUAAUUAUUCAAAACCAACACCAUAUUUAUCCAUUUGUAAUUUUUGGCCUUUGCUGCCUUGUACUAGGACUUUAUCUAUGGUUCCUACUUCUUUGCAUGCCAGAGAAAAGUUCUCAUAAAUCUCGGUGUGAAUUUAUCAUUACACAAGUUUGCUCUGCCCUUGCAACCGUGUUUCCACAGGGCUCUGAUCGCGUACACCUUAGUUGGCAUGCUGGUGAGGUUGGCUGUAUGCCAGACUGUGUGUUAUGACCCUCCCUGCUUUCAGAUACAUUAUCAGAGAUGUGUAUGAUGUUACUUGCAGGCUGUUUAAACUUUCUAUCCAACCCCUUCGUCCCCACGCUUCAUCCAUUCAUAGUUUGCUCAUCCCAUGGUUGUAGCAUUUAUCAGUACAUUAACUACAUUGCUAACAUCUAUUCAAUCCAAUGCAAUAUAACCAAAUAUAAGAGGCAGGUCAACACAAUAGCCCAAAAUAUGGAAAAAUACACGACAUAUACCAUGUCAGCAUUGGGUAGUUCCACUUGGAGCUAAAAAUAAAGAUGACAGAAGUAACAUAUCAAAAACAAAUCUGCAAAUGCCCACAUCGAUAUCAUCACAUUUGGUAAUACUUUUUACAAUAAGUUCAAAAAUUCAUGUCAUUGUUUGGCAAUCUAGUAAACAAAUAUUUGGAUUUACUUAUGCGUAUAUUUUAAUUUGGUGGCACUGGUAGCUAGCAAUAUGGCUGCAAACAAUGACAACGUUUCAGCUAGUUGAUAUGAUAACUAACCGCUUUCUGGAAGUGGUUUGCUACACUUAGAAGUCAGCCGUUCGGAAGUAAGCCCGCAAGCUCUGCCAUUAAAAAUAAAUUUUUUUGUUCUGGCAAGUAAUAGCUUAUUGGAUGUAACAAUUUUAAACCAUACAACAUCCAGUUUUAGUGAAAACCAGAAUUUAAAAAAAUUAUAUCACUUGUAUAUUUUGUGGUACAAACAGUAUUAGAGGAGAAAUACAGAGAGAAUGAUGAGAACAAUAGAGUGGAAGAAGAUAUGCAUAGCAAGGAAAAGAAUAAAAGCACUGUGGCGGAACCAACCUCGCCACUGGCCACUGGAGGAGCCUGGUCGCCCGCCUCCUGCCACUGCCCUGCAGAAAGGCUUAUUCGUGCCUUUUCUCCUGCAAAGAAACGAACACCGGUUCAUUCGGGACUUUCAUUAUGUGAACAAUGUUACCCCAGAUAGUUAUGCCAUGGAGCCCAUUUGUAUACUGAAAGACUGUAUGAAAGACUUUGGCUCCAUGGUGAUUAAACUAUGUGUAUGUGAUCUGAGUGCCAUUCGGCAAUAAUGUGCUCUCAGAUCUAAGCUAUCUGUGGAUAUGUUGAAUGUAUAUGUUUUGUGUAAUAUUUGCAACAUUGUAUAUUUUUCUGUCUUUUUGGUAACGUGCUUAAUGGAGUUUGCCUCUGUCCUUGGAGAUAAUUGGAUUACUUCCCAAUUAUCUCCAGGACAGAGAGGAGGGAUUAUAAUGCAUUGUGUGAGUAUUUAAAUGUGUAAGCUUGUGAUGGGUCUUUUUACCAUUUGUAUCCCAGUCUUUCAUCUGGUGCCCUAGGGGAGUGUCCACCAGAUGGAAGUCCUGCAUAAAAGCCGGGCAGGUAGCCCCAGUAAAUCAGUUCUGCUUGAUCCUCAAACGAAGUGUUGUCUCGUUCUUGGGGGAAUUGGAUUGUAUGCUGUUACAGUGCGACUGCCAGGAGUGUAAGCUGUUCGUAUGGUUUUUCCUGUUCGGCUGUUUAACAGCAUUCGUGUGUUUCCUGUUCGGGAGUUGGAGGAUUCGUACGGUUCCAGUUCGGGAGUUGGAGAAUUCGUGUGUUUGCAGUUCGGGAGAUUGGUGAUUGCAGUAGCUGCCUGUGCAUCUGAAAGGGGAAUAUCGCCUAAACGGUUUUAAACCUCUUGUGUGCAAAACGGUCCGUUACAUGCACUAAUUAUGACUUUAUG